AACGAAAAAGAACAUCCUCAAAAACGCCCUCAAACUAUUUCUGACCGACGCGCUCAUCUGUGCACUGUUUGCGUUUUACUACGGACGGGCGCCAUCUUUACCAACGUGAUUGUCUUUCUGCUGAACAUCAGCGCUCAUUGUUAUGACAUGCUCAACCGUAACAUCUCUCUGCACGCACAGCACAUUCGCUCGUCUCGUUACUCCGAUGUUCAGUUGCACCAAACUAUAACGUACGAAGCGUUAAGCUCUAUAAAACAAAAUCACCAUCUGGUCACUUCCAAUGUCGGCACGGCCAUCCGUCUAGUGAGCUUUCCGAUGGCGUGCCUACUGCUCGUUCAAUUUAUUAUUAUCAUAUCGGAAAUAUUCUACGCCUACACAUCGAUCGUGCAGGAUAUCAAAAACGAGGUGGAUGUGCCGCUGGGGACCUACAUGAGCUCCAUACUGUUUGCCAUCUUUGAAGCUAUCCAGUUUUACUACAUCGUGUCGGCUAGCUCUGAAAUCACCGAACAGGCAGAAAAAACCGGGUUACUACUAAACGAGUAUAUUCCAACCGGACCGAACGUCAGGGUAGAACGUUGCAUUGAAUCAUUCACCAUAGAACUACUGCAUCAGGACUUUAAGAUCAACAACUGCGGCAUGUAUGACGUUGACUACACGCUGAUGUUCUCGAUGAUAGCCACCAUAACCAGCUACCUGAUAAUGUUAGUGCAGUUCCAGUUGGCCGAAUUUUAAGCUCCCAUGAUGCGCCACUUUGAAGGUUCGGAUACGCGAACACUGCCCAGCCACCAGUCGAGUCGGUACGUUCUU